CGGCUCUCAGAGCUCAGGGAGACCUCAAUAAAGACAAACGAAAGAUACUUCAGGACUUGUGCUCAAUGUUGAGUAUAAGCCUUGAGAGACAUCGAGCGGAGGUCAGGAGAGCCGUCAACGACGAGAGGCUCAACACAAUCGCACACCACAUGACGGGAGCCAACACUUGCACCGAAUGGGCGAUCGAAGGCCGAAGACUCAUACCAUUGUUGCCACGACUGGUGCCGCAGACGGCGUUCACAGGUUUGGCUAACUCUGUGGCCAACGUUCAACUGACCCGAAAUCAGUCGAUGUUAAGCCCGUCGGAGACGGCUAUCAAACAAACGCAACAAAUGGAGACAAACCACGGGUUGGACGACAGCGACGGCACUACACCUAAGCGGAGACGCAUUGACAGCCAAAGUCAGCCCACAUUUGUUCCCAUAAAGUCUGAACCACUUGUACUCCAGAACGCAUCAAACCCUCAACAAAACCAUCGAAACGCUCACACAUUGUCUAAAAUGGGCGCCACUUCCUCGAGGACUGUCGUCAAUGCAAGCAAUUGCUAUACAGUGUCCACAACAAUGGCUUCACAAGUCGGUCAUUCGGGAACUCGUGUUAUCUUUGUGUCCACUCCGACGACCACUCCAUCCAAUGUUAUCACCACUUCCAACAAAAACGUGACGGCAAUCCCUCUCAUCCAAAGACAUACGAUAGGUUCGCCUCAAAAGACCACAAUUGAUAUCCCGAGCACUCGGAAUGUAAGACAAAGACCGGGCAGACCUCCCACUGUCAACACAUCCAUUGUGGGUCUCAUAGGAGUUCCCGGACAACAAAAACAGACCAAAAAUAUAACAAAUAAGGCGACAAUAAACACAUCAAACGUCUCAUUGGCCACAAACGUGACACGAAUCCCAUUAGUGGGCGGAACACAAGUGUUCACUAAAAGCAAUGGUCAGCAACAGGUCGUUGUGUUUCCAUUCAAUUCGCGACAAUCAGUAUCGGUUCCCAUCAGUCAAACUGUAAAAGCGAUUUCCAUCCCAUCGUCGUCUUCGUCGCCGUCAGUGACGACGAGUGCGCCGACACUGAUAUACCAGAGCAGCGCCGGUAACCUGAAGAAUGUGCAGAAAGUGCAGACACCGAACCUCAUUAUAAUGCAACAGAAAGUGGGACAAAUGGCUAAACCCAUACAAACUAUCCCAAUGAACGCCAUCACACUAUCGAAGGCUAAUAUCGCCAAAACUCAGAUCAAAUCACCCGUCUUUGGACAGCACAAGAAGACUGUGGUCGACAUCGGACCCAACCCUAACGUCCAGAGCCAGACAUUCACACUCAGCGACAAUUCAAAGAUCAUAACAAAGCGAUUGCAAGCGUCGCCCAAAACUCUACAAGAGAUGAGCGAAAGUAUUCCCGAUUUGAAUCAACGAAUCAUCGAAAUCGACGCCACGAGCGAACCGUUGGCCGGAAUUAUCAAUAGUUUAAAAGGCGGUACUAUAUCUCAGGCGGAAUUCAUGGAAUUCAUCAAAAAGACAAACAUCACGAACGCUGGACAGCAGUCCACUGAUGGGCACCAGAGAGAUGAGAUACACGACGAAUCCUCCGAAGACACGGUCUCCACCAGUGAAUCGCCACUUCACGACAUGAGUUCAGAUUUUGGUGACAUUACGGCCGAUAAUAUAAACACCGUUUUCGACAAA